AGGAAGCCGGGCUGCUCUGUUCCACCCCUUCCACCUGCUGGUGGCAUUCUGUGAGAAGGAGACGGAGCCCUGAGGAACAUGAUGGAGCCUGGGGAAUACAGAGAGAGAGGGAGACAGAUGGUGGAUUACAUCUGCCAGUACCUGAGCACGGUGCGAGAGAGGCGUGUGACUCCAGAUGUGCAGCCUGGCUACCUGCGAGCCCAGCUGCCCGACAGUGCUCCUGAGGAACCAGAAAGCUGGGACAACAUCUUCGGGGACAUUGAGCGGGUCAUCAUGCCUGGGGUGGUCCAUUGGCAGAGCCCCCACAUGCACGCCUACUACCCAGCCCUCACCUCUUGGCCAUCCCUGCUAGGAGACAUGCUGGCCGAUGCCAUCAACUGUUUGGGAUUCACUUGGGCCUCUAGCCCUGCAUGCACAGAGCUGGAGAUGAACGUCAUGGACUGGCUGGCGAAAAUGCUGGGACUCCCAGAGCACUUCCUGCACCACCACCCCAGCAGCCAAGGGGGUGGCGUCUUACAGAGCACGGUCAGCGAAUCCACCUUGAUUGCCCUUUUGGCAGCAAGGAAGAACAAAAUCCUGGAAAUGAAAACAACCGAGCCCAAUUCAGACGAGUCCUCCCUGAACGCCCGGCUCAUUGCCUAUGCCUCUGACCAGGCUCACUCCUCAGUGGAGAAGGCUGGUUUGAUUUCUCUCGUGAAGAUGAAAUUUCUGCCUGUGGAUGACAACUUCUCACUCCGAGGAGAAACUCUUCAGAAGGCCAUCGAGGAAGAUAGGCAGCGGGGCUUGGUGCCUGUCUUUGUCUGUGCAACACUAGGGACUACUGGGGUCUGUGCGUUUGACUGCCUCUCAGAGCUGGGCCCCAUCUGUGCCAGCGAGGGGCUGUGGCUCCACAUCGAUGCUGCUUAUGCAGGAACUGCCUUCUUGUGCCCUGAGUUCCGGGGGUUUCUGAAGGGCAUCGAGUAUGCCGACUCCUUCACCUUUAAUCCUUCCAAGUGGAUGAUGGUGCACUUUGACUGUACUGGGUUCUGGGUCAAGGACAAGUACAAGCUGCAGCAGACCUUCAGUGUGAACCCUGUCUACCUCAGGCAUGCCAACUCGGGCGUAGCCACCGACUUCAUGCACUGGCAGAUCCCUCUGAGCCGGCGAUUUCGCUCUAUUAAACUCUGGUUCGUGAUUCGGUCCUUCGGGGUGAAGAACCUUCAAGCUCAUGUCAGACAUGGUACUGAAAUGGCUAAAUAUUUUGAAUCUCUGGUUAGAGACGACCCUUUCUUUGAAAUUCCUGCCAAGAGGCACCUUGGCCUGGUGGUUUUUCGUCUAAAGGGUCCUAACUGUCUCACAGAAAGUGUGUUAAAGGAAAUAGCUAAAGUCGGCCGUCUCUUCCUCAUCCCGGCCACUAUCCAGGACAAGCUGAUCAUUCGCUUCACUGUGACUUCCCAGUUUACCACCAGGGAUGACAUCCUGAGAGACUGGAGUCUCAUCCAAGAUGCUGCCACUCUGGUCCUGAGUCAGCACUGUACUUUACAGCCUCGCCCUCAAGUUGGGAACCUCAUCCCCCCAGUCAGCGGCAAUAGAUCAGGUACUGUACUGGUCAACGGAGUGUCCCAUCAGCUUGUCAACGAGGCAGGAGAUGACCCAAGCCAGGCCAGGAAGAUCAUCAAGCAGCCUGAGCGUGCGGGAGCCAGUCCUAUGAGAAGGAAGGACAGCUGCCAUCUUGAAACCCUGCUGGAUCCAUUUGAUGACUGCUUUUCCGAAGAGGCCCCAGCUGUGGCCAAGCACAAGCUGUCCUCCUUCCUGUUCAGCUACUUGUCUGUGCAGAAUAAGAAGAAGACGGUUCGUUCCCUCAGUUGCAACAGUGUGCCCGUGAGUGCACAAAAGCCUCUGCCCGCUGAGGGCUCUACUAAGAAUGGGGGCUCCUCCCGGGCCAGAAUCUUUUCCAGGUUUCCAGAGGAGAUGAUGAUGCUGAAGAAAAGUGCCUUCAAAAAGCUCAUCAAGUUCUACAGCGUGCCCAGCUUUCCGGAGUGCGGCCAUCAGUGUGGGCUCCAGCUGCCCUGCUGCCCUCUGCAGGCCAUGGUGUAGACCAGGGUCCUUUGGCUGCAGUCCUAGGAUCUGCUUCAGGGGGUCUAUGGACCCCUUAACAUUCCAUGCUGAGUUUGUGUGCUUUUGUGUAUGUGCAUAGUUCUUGGGAGUGAGUCUUUGAUUUUUGUUAGAUUCUCAUGGGGGUUCACGACCCACCAUAGAAUAUAGAAAGAGAGUUGAAGCCGCAUGAUCCAGAAGGUUCCCGCAGGCUGUCAGAGAGAAGGGGCCCCAGGUACUGUACUGACAGGCAGCUUCUGUGGUUCAGCUUGUGACAUGAAAUAUAAUGUAGAAAAUAA